AUGGCUUCAAGUGUGCCUUCAGACUUAGAUGCAUCUUUCAUAUUGGUUAAUGAUGACUACGUUCCGUCGUCGUCAGCUUCAACAGGGACUCGAAUGCCUGGUGCGGUGCAAUUUACGCAUUUAAAGUCAACAUUGCUUAGUCCUGCAACACCAUCGUACGCUCAUGAUUGGUCCCCUAGUGGGACUGGAGGAAAACUGUCUCAGCAUGGUCGUCACUUCAUUGAUGCUCACGGGAGAGUCUGUCACUUGCGCGGUGUCAACCUCUCAGGAAACUGUAAGACUUCGCUUCCUUGUCACAUGGGAAGCGGUGGAACAUGCCGGACCUGGAGAAUAUGACUAUGACUACCUCAAUUAUCUCAAGCAGGUCCUAGCCCUCCUUCCUCAAUAUGGCCUCUCUUGCUUCGUUGCGCUUUAUCAAGAUGUCUGGUCAUGGUACUCUGGUGGCAGUGGAGCACCGACGUGGACAAUAGAGUCUGCAGGCUUUGACUUAGAUGCACUAGAAGAAUCUGGAAGUGCUUGGUUGAAUGGUCUGCGAGUGAAAACUGCAGAAGGCAAAUAUGAUGAGGAAGAUCGAGGAAUGGUGAAGCCGGAAGAGAGGGGCCUAUGGCCCACUGGGUAUCAGAAGUUGGCUGCUGCUACAUUAACGACCUGUUUCUGGGCAGGAGAUACAUUUGCGCCUAAGGUCAAGGUCAAACGCAGGACGAAAACUGGAAACGAGGAGGACGUGUCAAUACAACAGUUCCUGCAGGACGACUUUCUUAACAUGUGGGAAGUACUUGCUGAUGCUGUUGGUCACCUUUCCGGGGUGCUGGGCUUCGAGAUCAUGAACGAACCUCAUCAUGGAUACGUUGAGCUUCAGUCUAUGUACGGGUGGGACUACAAUACCGAUCUUCACCUUGGCGCUAUCCGUACGUUCCCUUUUGUAUUACUCAAUUAUCUCAUCAUUAACAAGCCGUGUCCCGCACCCAUCAGCCUCGCCUCUCCACUCCUUCACUCUCGGAGCGGGGUAUCCAACGACCGUUCCUCAUUACACACGUUCAUUCCCCAUGCCUACUCGACACACGUCCUCCGUUACGCUCAAUACCACUGGUCUGUAUGGCGAGAGGAUGGUGUUACGGAAGGGAAGUGCAUAUGGGAAAUGCAUGGCAUCUGGGGAUGGGACGAGCAGAAGAAGGAAGGAGUUGUACUCAGGGAAAAUUAUUUCAAGAAACAUCCUUUGACUGGGAAGCCGAUUGAUUGGUACAAUGACUUUUACUUCCCAUUCCUCAGUCGAUGGGCCGAUCGCAUGUGAGCUGUCAUUGAUAAUGACAAAAUGGUAUUCGUAGAGGCUAUACCGAAUGAGGUGAAAAUUGCCUUCAUCUUAGCCUGUGGCAUAUCACUGAAGACAGUCUCGACAGUUCUGUCCAGGCUCAUGGACGCCUGACCACCAACCAGGUAACUUAGUCUAUGCACCAUAUUGGUACAGCGAAUUCACUUGUAUUCGAACCUAUUGAAAUGUUCAGGGCCUCUCGCAGAUAAGUCUUGCUUUUCCAGCCACUCGCAUUACCUGCUUUACUUCCCACAUUGUAUAGGGCAUGUUCCUGUUGAAGGCUUUUUACUGGGGCCACAUUGGUGCUCGCAAUAAUUUCUCACUUCAGAU